CGGGGCUCGGGUCGGGAGAAUGUAGCUAUAGUCGCCUGCCGAGUCCAUGCGCGUGGGACCCGAUCACCGAUCUUUUCCCGACCUAGCUGGCUGACUGGCUCUCAGCACCCUUUGUUUCCGCCUCUCUUUUCCACCGAAGGCGAGAGAUGCACCGAAGGCUCCCUUGUUUCCGGACCUUUAUAAGCUUGGUUUCGGUCCUGCUCGUCUCGGAAUCAGAAUCAAAACCCCACUACGCGUCCGCCCGCUCGCUUGCUCCCGUCCCAACCCCCGCGCGCGCAACGCCAAGUCGCCAAGCGAUCAUUUUCCGAUCGAGUCGACCAGCUGUGCCCGCGCGGUCGAUCUUCUCCGCAUGGACGCAUCGGGCGAGAGCGGCGGCGGCGGUCGUGGGAGUACUGGGAGGAGAUCAGGGAAGGGCUUGACGCCCAUACAGGCGCGGCGGCAGCAGCAGCAGCUGGCGCCGGUUCUGGAAAACGCGUCGGCGGCGGCAUUGCUGCGCCCGCUCAAGAAGAUCGGGAGGAGCCCAGACCGCCUCCACCGGACCACGUCGACGCUCUCCACCACGUCCUCCUCCUCCUCGGCUCCCGCCUCGCCUCGGUCCUCCUCUGUGUCCAACGCCGCCGUCUCGCCGCCUUCCGCGCGUCACAUCUUCCCCUACGCGUACGAGCCAAUUAUCGCGCCUGCUGCCUCGACAACGACGACGCACGGGAGGAGCCCGCGGCUUGAUCUCCAUCCCUGGCCGCAGUCGUCAACCAGCGUAUCCCAGCCGGCGUCGCCUCAGCCUCUGCGGCAUCAGCAGAUGAUAUCCUUCGGCGCGUCGUCGCCUCCGUACUGCGCGGCGCAGUCGUUCCUGGUGCCAGCCGAGAGCGCGCAGCAUCAGCACCAGCUGCUGCGGUACUGGAGCGAGGCGCUGAACCUGAGCCCCCGCGGCGGCCCGGCCAUGCCGCCGUCGAUGUACCAGCAGUUGCUGCUGCAGGCGCCUCCGCCGCCACCGCCACAGAAGCUGUACCGCGGCGUGCGGCAGCGGCACUGGGGGAAGUGGGUGGCGGAGAUCCGGCUGCCCCGGAACCGCACGCGGCUGUGGCUCGGCACCUUCGACUCCGCCGAGGACGCCGCCAUGGCCUAUGACCGCGAGGCCUUCAAGCUCCGCGGCGAGAACGCGCGCCUCAACUUCCCCGACCGCUUCCUCGCCAAGGGCCGCGCCGGUGGCAGCGGCCGCACCAGCGCCAGCUCCGCUGCUGCUUCUGCCUCGACCGCCGCCGCCGCCUCGUGCUCCUCUUCGUCUUCGUCGCCUCCGCAAGCUUCUGACGAGGCGCCGUUCAACACGCAGCAGCAGCAGCAGCAGCAAGCAGAAGGGACGACGUCCUUUGAGAACCAAUUACAGCAGCAUCCGCUUAGUCCAACGGCGACGACCAUCCAGGAAACUACAGGCAGCUCUCGUGACGCGGCUACGGCGCCGUAUUCGGCCGAGAUGUUUCACGCGUCGGCGGUGGCAUCAUCAUCCGGUGGCGCCAUGUGGGCUCCGCCCGACGAGGCAUGGUUCAACGCGUGGGGCCCCGGAAGCUCCUUUUGGGACUACGACAUGGAAGACGACGGCGCCCGCGGCCUCUUCCUCCACCCUCGCUUCUCCGGUGACGAUGCCGGCGUGGUGCAUUCUGGCGCGCAGGAAAUAGCAGCAGGGACGUCGGGCACGCCGUGGCCGUGCCCAUGCGAUGACGACGUCCCGGUAAUCUCCUCUUCAGCUCCUCCUCCUCCUCCUCCUCCUCCUCCCCCCGAGACAGCUCAGGCUCCUAGCCUCAUGUGGAAGCAGGACUAAAUAAACAUGCAUGCAUGCGCAUUCAAACACCGCUCGCUGAUCGAUCCCCAAAUAGGAUUAGGACAGAGAUGCACGCAAGGUUGCAGUUUUUAAGACAGCCUUUGCGCCAUCACGCACUUACUCAUGCAUCGCAACAUCGUUACAUCAAGAACCAUUUGGCCAUACACAUUCAUUUCUCUCAUAAAUUUCUUCUGAAAACCACAAGUAAACCCUGUUCCAGGCUGCAGUUUUUUGGUCAGCUUGAUCUAGGGUGACCAGUCAAUCUCCUCCAUUCCACAUUUUAGCAUGCAUGAUGAGUGUGUUAGAUAGUACUCCGUAUUAAUUUGUUCUGGUCUUCGAAAUAUGUUUAAUGCGAAUUUCAUCGAUGGUUUCACUUUUAUGUGAUGGCUUUACUAGGUAUCGUUUUUGUAUGUGACUGCUCUGAUUUUGUUGACUGUAGUAUUCCCUUUAGCAUUCAUAUUUGCUGUUCAUGUAUUCCUAUUGUCUGAAACUUAUUCCAGACAUUAAUUCUUCAGCACUGCUGCCUGUAAAUUGCUACUCCAACUGUAACUAGAGUUUUUUCUGGCCUUUGGUCUAGCAUAAAGUACUCAUAAGAAUAUCUGGCUUUAA